GUGAGAAGGGGGAACCGCGUCACGCGGAGUGAAGUCGAGCUGCGAGGAGGAAUCAUCUCAGCAUCUUCCUUCCCUCUCUCUUUCUCUCAUCAGCCAGAGAGGAGCUCCCGCACGCACCCGCCACGCUCCCUCCCUCCAUGAGCGCGGACAAGCAAGCGACUCGCCCACUCAGACAGGCGCGUGACGCGAUCCCGUGAAGAACACACACACACCGUGAAGAACACACACCACACACAGCAGCAAGCAUUGCCACCGUCGUCCGCAUCACCGUUCACUGCUGCUUCCACGCCUGCUGGUGCUCCUUGGUUGUUGGUGGUGGUGGUGGUGCCGCUAACAGAGCCCUUGCCCAAACAUCCUGAGCGAGACUACUCGGUUGGGGAGGAGCGGCGGUGGUGGUGGUGGGGGAAUAUUUGUGUUCGUGUGGCUGGGGCCACCCCCAAAAAAUCUGUGGCAGCGUCCGUGUGUGGCUGGAGUUGGCCAUGAUGGAUCUGGGACGCGGGGGCGCUUCGCUGGGGCUCUGCUCGCUCUGCCUGUGGUAUCUCCUCGCCUGCACCGCGCCUGCUCCUGGGUGCAAGGGGGACGGCAUCUCUCCCGACAACCUGCUGGUGGUCACCGUCGCCACCAAUCGGACGGAUGGAUUCGAGCGCUUCAUGCGGACGGCAAAAUACUUCAACUACUCCGUGCAGGUGCUGGGGAUGGGCGAUGCGUGGAAGGGCGGCGAUGUCGACCGCUCCAUCGGGGGUGGCCAGAAGGUGCGGUUGCUCAAGGAGGAGAUGGAGAAACACAAGGAGAGGGACGACCUGGUGGUGUUGGUCGUGGACAGCUACGACCUGAUCUUCGCGAGCGGCCCCUCGGAGCUGCUGCGCAAGUUCCAGCAGACGGGCCACCGGCUCGUCUUCUCCGCCGAGGCGCUCGUGUGGCCCGACCGGCGCCUCGCUGACAAGUACCCGCACGUGCGCAGCGGGAAGCGCUUCCUCAACUCCGGGGGCGUUGUGGGCCUCGCCCCGGCCCUGCACCAGGUGGUGUCUCAGUGGGAGCUGCGAGAUGACGACGACGAUCAGCUCUUCUACACCAAGGUCUACAUCGACCCGGCCAAGCGGAGCAAAAUAAACAUCACCCUGGACCACAAGUGUCGCAUCUUUCAGAACCUCAACGGAGCUGUAGAUGAGAGGCGCGUGUCUGGUGAAGACGAGGUGGUGCUCAAGUUUGAGACCGGGCGUGUGCGGGCGCGGAACACGGCCUACGACACCCUGCCCGUCGUGAUCCACGGCAACGGCCCUACCAAGAUGCAGCUGAACUACCUGGCCAACUACAUCCCCAACAGCUGGACGUUCGAGACGGGAUGCGGGGUCUGUGACGAUGGCGUCGUGGACUUAUCGGCCCUGACCGCCGAGGAGGAUUUCCCGCGCGUGAUCGUUGGCGUCUUCAUCGAGCAGCCGACGCCAUUCCUGCCCGAAUUCCUGGAGCGUCUCGCCGCCAUGGAUUACCCGGGGAAGCGCAUCACCCUCUUCAUCCACAACCGUGAGGUGGUGCACGAACCGGCGCUGGCGGCGUUCUGGGCGCGCCACAGCGGCGCCUUCGCCGGGGCCAAGGUGAUCGGGCCGGAGGAGGGGCUCACUCCCGGGGAGGCCCGGAACCUCGGCAUGUCAUCAUGCCGGGACGACCCCACGUGCGACUUCUACUUCAGCCUGGAUGCGGACGUGGUGCUCACCAACCGGGCCACCCUCAGAAUCCUCCUGCAGCAGAACCGGAAAAUCGUGUCCCCACUGUUAACCCGAGCCGGCAAACUGUGGUCCAACUUCUGGGGAGCCCUGAGCCCCGACGGCUUCUACGCACGCUCCGAGGACUACGUGGACAUCGUGCAGCGGAAACGCACGGGCGUGUGGAACGUGCCCUACCUGGCAAGCGCUUACCUGGUGCAGGGCACGCUGCUGCGCGGAGAGAUGAGGAAGCCGGACGUGUUCGUGCGCGACAACACUGACCCGGACAUGGUCUUCUGCCGCCGUGCACGCGACCUGGGAGUCUUCAUGUACCUGACGAACCACCACGAAUUCGGACGUCUCAUCUCAACGGAGAAUUACAACACCACCCACCUGCACAACGACCUGUGGCAGAUCUUUGAGAACCAAGUGGACUGGCAAGAGAAGUACAUCCAUCCCAACUGGACCAACAUCUUCACUGACGACUCCAUCAUGAAGCAGCCGUGCCCCGACGUCUUCUGGUUCCCGAUCUUCUCGGACGUCAUGUGCGACCACCUGGUGGAGGAGAUGGAGCACUACGGCCAAUGGUCCGGAGGGUCCAACAAGGACGAACGCAUCUCGGGCGGCUACGAGAACGUCCCCACCAUCGACAUCCACAUGACCCAGGUGAACUUCGAGCGCGAGUGGCUCAAGUUCCUGCGCGACUACAUCGCGCCCGUCACCACCAAGCUCUUCGCUGGCUACUACCCCAAGGCGUACGCGGUGAUGAACUUCAUCGUUCGUUACCGCCCGGACGAGCAACCGUCGCUGAGGCCGCACCACGACUCGUCCACGUUCACCAUCAACGUGGCGCUCAACCACGCCGGCAUCGACUUCCAGGGUGGCGGAAGCCGCUUCAUCCGGUACAACUGCUCCGUGACGUCGCCCAUCAAGGGCUGGACGCUGCUGCACCCGGGCCGCCUCACGCACUACCACGAGGGCCUGCCAACCACGGGCGGCACGCGCUACAUCGCCAUCUCCUUCAUCGACCCCUGAGGGCCUCCUCCCACCCCUACUCCGCACACCCCCCCCCCCCCCCAACUCAUGGCUGGCGUCUCUCGCGGGGUGACAAAGGGUUGGGUACAGCCAGCCCAAUCGUUCAAGGCCGUGCAGGGAAAUUCAUGGAACAUCGGCCACCCCCCCCACUAGCAGGGAUAAUUAGAUUUAGUACGAAGAUUGCAAUGCUUUUCUUUUUUUUUUAAUCCCACGGUCCCUUUUGCAACGGCUUGCGUUGUUUAGUGUGGCGCGCUGUAAAUCUGGCAUUGUUUUAAAUCCCACGCAAAAAUAAAUAAAACGCACCUGGGCCUCGAAUGGAGCGCAUUCACAAAAUGCUUUUUAAACACCGCCACCACGCCCAAAAGCAUCUCGUCUAAAUUUUUAAAAAUAAAUUAUUAUUGACAAGAUGCCAAAUAAGCCACGUUCCUAUAAACCGUAAAGCCACAACCGUGUUCAGUGUUAUUACCGUCCUGACAUUUCCUAGGCUAGAGCUUGUCGAAGGGACCUGGGGUAUUGUGUGUCGGGAGCGUUUUAUUAAAUGUUUAAGUCGCACGGCCUCAAAGCGCACCUAGCCUGGCACAAGCGCUGUGGUGACGCCAGUGGCAUUUAGUUUAAGAGUAGCGUGGAUGUGUUUUCUCAACUUUGCAAUUUUGUUUGACCUCGUGCCGUUCAAGCUUUUGUCGACGAGCCUGGCGGACUUCAGUUGAGGCGUUAAGGUGCUAAUAGCGUUAAAAUGGGCAACGUGUUUGGGCUGACAUAGUAGGUCAGGGUAAGUGCGGUUUUGUUUGUGCUACGAGUUUCAGGAUUUGGCUGAUCACUGUGCCUCUCCGUUAGGUAGGGCAGGUAACACCCUCCCCGUUCGAAUCGUAAUUUCAAGGGGCACGUUCUGCAAACCCUGCGCAUUAAAAUCGUAAUCGUGCACGAUGCCCCGGUCGUGGCCGUUAAUAAGAAACAAUUCCAUAUUGGAAAGAAAAAAAAAAA